GGAAUCUUAAAGGGCGAGGGGAGCGCGGGCCGCGCCGGCCGGGCGGGGCCCAUGGCCAGCACCAGCAGCCCCCUGUUUUUCUGCUGUUUGCAGGGAAGAGGGGGGAAAAGAACCGUGUAAGCACAUAUUCUACAUGUAUGAUGCUGUUCCAAUCCAGUCUAGUGUGGUGUUAUGCUCCUGUCCAUCCCCAUCAAUGGUGAGGAACCAGACAGAUUCCAGCACUCCACCUGCCAUUUCCACCUGUGGCAGCAGACAGGGAUCUACCAUGGAAGGCACUGCAGCUGAAGCAAGAUCUAGUUCAAGCACCUUGCAGCAACAUACAGGACAGCAGCCUCCACAGCCUAGAAAGAAACGACCUGACGACUUCAAAUUUGGGAAAAUUCUGGGUGAAGGAUCUUUUUCUACGGUUGUCUUGGCUCGAGAACUGGCAACUUCUAGAGAAUAUGCCAUUAAAAUUCUGGAAAAACGUCAUAUCAUAAAAGAAAACAAGGUACCAUAUGUGACGCGUGAGAGAGAUGUAAUGUCCCGUCUGGAUCACCCCUUUUUUGUGAAACUCUACUUCACCUUUCAGGAUGAUGAAAAGCUCUAUUUUGGGCUUAGCUAUGCCAAAAAUGGAGAGCUUCUAAAGUAUAUACGCAAAAUUGGCUCAUUCGAUGAGACCUGUACCAGGUUUUAUACUGCUGAAAUUGUGUCAGCCCUGGAGUAUUUGCAUGGGAAGGGAAUUAUUCACAGGGACCUUAAGCCAGAAAACAUUCUGCUAAAUGAAGACAUGCACAUUCAAAUAACAGACUUUGGAACAGCAAAAGUACUAUCUGCAGAUAGCAGACAAGCACGGGCAAACUCAUUUGUAGGGACAGCACAGUAUGUUUCUCCAGAACUCUUGACAGAGAAAUCUGCCUGUAAAAGCUCUGACCUCUGGGCUCUGGGAUGUAUAAUAUAUCAGCUUGUAGCUGGAUUGCCUCCAUUUAGAGCUGGAAAUGAAUAUCUUAUAUUCCAGAAGAUAAUAAAGUUGGAAUAUGACUUUCCAGAAAAAUUUUUUCCCAAGGCAAAAGACCUUGUAGAAAAGCUAUUGGUUCUGGACGCUACCAAUAGAUUAGGAUGUGAAGAAAUGGGAGGGUAUGGACCUCUUAAGGCUCAUCCCUUUUUUGAAUCCAUUGUAUGGGAGAACCUACAUCUUCAGACCCCGCCAAAACUCACAGCAUACUUACCUGCCAUGUCAGAGGAUGAUGAAGACUGUUACGGAAAUUAUGACAAUCUCCUGAGUCAGUUUGGUUGCAUGCAAGUUUCUGGUUCUGCCUCUUCCCAUUCCCUGUCUGCCCCAGAGACGAGUCCCCCACAGACAUCAGGAGGCAAUAUUGAACAGUAUAUUCAUGAUCUUGACAACAAUUCCUUUGAGCUGGACCUACAGUUUUCUGAAGAUGAAAAAAGGUUACUUCUGGCAAAACAGGCUGGUGGAAAUCCUUGGCAUCAGUUUGUAGAAAAUAACUUAAUCCUAAAAAUGGGCCCCGUAGACAAAAGAAAGGGAUUGUUUGCACGUCGACGCCAGUUGCUGCUUACAGAAGGGCCUCAUCUCUAUUAUGUGGAUCCCGUCAACAAAGUUCUAAAAGGAGAAAUUCCGUGGUCUUUAGAGUUGCGCCCAGAAGCCAAGAAUUUUAAGACAUUUUUUGUUCACACACCAAACAGGACAUAUUACCUGAUGGACCCAAGUGGGAAUGCUCAUAAAUGGUGCAAAAAGAUACAUGAAGUUUGGCGGCACAGAUACCACCAGAAUGCUGCUAAAUAGUAAAGCUCAUCCAAAAUUUCCCAGUCUCCCUACUUGCUGCUAGAACUCCACGUGCAGCCGAUCAGAGGAAUCUUCCCAACCCAUCUAUUACCCAUCUCAAGGGGAAGCAUAUGUCUGAAAUACUCUGUUCUUUGUUUUGUUUUGUUUUGUUUUGUUUUUAAAGCGAAAACCUAAUGGAAUUCAGGGUCACUUUGCUCGCUCUCUGUGCUUCUGUUGAGGCUUCCACAUGCAUAUCAUCGCAGUGAAGAUUGCUUUGUGCACUUCAGCUCAAUUUCUGUGCAAACUAGCAGAUAGACCUUGCAUUACCAGCUUCACUUAAGAUCAGUUAAAACCAAUCCACACGCACACACCCCAAAUCAUGUGCCAGCCUUGCAUUUUAUGGGGCUGGAGUUUUCUGUGACUUUCAGAUUAUCAUUAAACUGUAUUUCAUCAGGGAGCUUUUAUAUGCCUCUCCUAAGCACCACCUCUGUUUUCUCUUCCUUUCCCCUAUGUCCCCAGCUUAUUGGUAUAUGGCAUUUGUAGCCAGGUCAGUUGCACCCUUGCAUAACUCCUGAUAUAGUUCUGGUUGCAGGAUUUACGUGGUACUUUAAUAAUUAUGUGAAUGAAUCAGAUGUAUGUGUCUGGCAGACAAACUCCAAUGAUAAAGGUUGUGAGAGAGUAAAAUGUUGAACAUGGCACUGAAAGUUUUCUAAAAUUGAAAUGUUGGCUUCUGAAGCAUAUAAAGUUUUAAACUUUGAAUUUUAAUUUUAAUUUGCAUAUGUGUGUUUAAUCAAGGGACAAUAAACUUACCAGCAUGCUUUUAACUAAUGCUAACUAAACAAUUAAAUAGUUAGUGUAAAAAAAAAAGUUACUAUUGAAGUAGUAAAUAGUUUUUCACGUUUUCAGGAGAUGAGGGCUAGAAGCUUUCUUUCCAGGUUUUGCAUGUAUUGUGCAUUUUAGAGGGGCCAACUUAUUUACCUGGGUAGAGAAGGAAGUGCAAAAACUUUGUACAACUGAUGACUUGAUUUUUGUCUCUUUGUAUAAUGAGAUGUACAAAUAAUCCUGUUUUUGGUGUUUGGGCAAAUACUUCAUACCUUUUAGCAAUUCUGAAAAAAGUUUUAAACAGUUUAAAUAUUAGACCCAUACAAUAAUCUGAAUGGUUGAAAAUCCAAAUGAAAGUGUUGAUACAAAGGGAAAAAUGUAUGGUACUUAAAGCAUAUCUAUAAAAUGAAAAUAUUUCUCAUAUCAGUCUCCUUUAUCCUUUUCAAAUUAAGGCUUUUUUGUGGUCAAACAUUUCUCGUAAUGUAGCAAAGACAUAACUUUCUACAUGCUAAAAUGACUUCCCUAAUGAUGUUUUCAACACACUCAUGUUCCUGAACAUUGCAGAGAGGAAUGACCCAGGUAUGGGCAAAGGCAUUCCUUCCUUAUUUUAAAAGCAGUAUAAACAUCACACCUAUUUAUUCCUCUUCUACAAAUACCAUCUCUUUGCCUCUUGAGGUCUGUUAUGAAGUGCUUUUUCCUUCCACCAAAGAAAAAAAAGUGUUCCGCUGUAACUUUAAGAAAACUCAUAGGCUGCUUUUUUGUGGCUUAUCAGGGAGUCUUAGAAAACACAUGAAUAUUAGAUUUAUUUGCACUAGGAGAGGGAGGUUUAUUGUGGAUUAAAAAAAGUGUUGUGUGGUUAAACUUGUUGACAAUUCAGUUCUUAGUUUCUUCCAGUCUUUAAAGGAGAGUGCAAUUGCUUUUUCUUUUGGAAAACUAUAUUCAUGUAGUCAUCUUUUAUGUUAUCCCACCAUACACACAGACUUGAGAAGAGUAAAUCACUAGCUUACAGUGUCUGGUAUUAGAGGAGCUAAGGUGUCUUGCAAGUGAGUGAGAUGAGAAAAGCAGACUAUCCACUUUCCAGUAUAAAUUUCACCACAUAGAAGGCAGACUCCUUGUCAGUAAAAUCUGAAUAGCGCAGUAUACUUUUGUUAAACCUAUAGUUAAAAGAUGCCAUGCUGAGUUUGUUGUGGUGGUAUCCAUUCAUUCUGUAGCUGUUGAACUCCACUAGAGGGAAUUCUACAGAUUCUGGAUUUAGCCUUUGGUAUAGAGAUGUAGACAUAUUCCAAAUUUCAUACCAGAGAAUCUGGCAGUGAUGGAGCUUCAUGAUGCUACAGCAGUUGCUCAUGUGCCAAAACUUUACUUCCAAGUGUCUCUGGCAAAGUUGUUCUGCUAAUAGUGAACUCUUUAACUUCAGUAGGAGCUGGUGAUCUCCAUUGGCCUGUUUGCUUCAGCUAAAUAGGUGGAAAUACAGAAACAUUUGAACAUGUUUCGUGUAACAUUUAGAUGUGCAGUCAUCUUGCCAUAACAAAAUACUUCCUGUGCUUUUUCACACCUUAAAAGAAAAUCUUCUCUGUCUAGUUCCUCCUUGUCCCCACCUGCCUCCAAAAACUUUAAACCAAAGAAAUUUUGACAGCAGUAAGCUGCAGAAGUCUGGAAAACUGAUGUCUAUAUUUUAGUAUUCCUUUUUCUUUCUUUCUUUUUUUUUUUUUUCUUUUGACAAUGUCAUCAUAGAAAACUGUGAUCCUCUCUUACUGGCAUCCCUCCCUUCAGAACUUUAAUGUUUCAAAUUGAGUCUUCCUCAACUGCUGCUUUUUUGGGGGAGGGACCAAAAGCUUUUCUGAGAGAGAUGUUUGUCUUUUUCUGACUUUAAGUGAAAGCUAUAGUUUUUGGAAGAUGGUGGAAGGAUAAGGUGAGGCAGGACAGAAACAAUGUGAAUUUAAGUAGGUUUCACCAGUUUGCCCCCACUUAAAUGUGUAUUGGAAGGUGCUGCAUACUAUGAAGGACUGUUUCCUAGUUUAGAUGUGUAUACUUGAAGAAUGGGGUAGUUUCAAAUCAUAGUCUUGAAGACUACUCCAGUGAUUCAUGGAAGUUUGUGUAAUCAAAUGCAAGGGGGAAGUUCUUCAAAGCUAUAGAUGAAACAGUUAGUCUCCCUGCUCUUCCAUCUGUGGUCUUUCAGAUUAGAGGAGGGGUGCUAGUCACUGAAGGACUCUUAAGGCUCCUCACUGCAAACCUAUUAAAACAAAUAGUCUGUUAAUUCAUUCCAUCUUGUGGAAUUUGAGCACUUACCUAUCAUUUAUAAAGAUUCUAGUCAUUAAUGAUGACUCUCAUUUUGUUUGGGAUGCAAAGUUCAGGAAAGUGGCUGUUGCGUUGGUUUUCUAUUGGGUGGCGCUUAAGAAAGGCUGAAGUACUAUUACUA